GCUCGUCCGUCAGUCCGGCUCCGGUCCGUCCGUCCUCCUCGGGUCAGUCCGGCCCCGCGGUUCGUCUCUCCUCGUCGGUGUGGAUCCGCUUUGUUGUCCCGGUUCGGCCCCUCGUCCUCCGGACUGAAACUCUCCGCAGCUCCGGCACUGAACUCCGGGUCCCGGUGUCACAGUCGGUCCGCUCGGUUCUUCUGCUUCUCCGUCCAGAGUCGCUGCUUCAGUUCGGUGUCCCUCCUCAGCCGGGUGUCCUCCGGAGACAGCUGCUGCAGCUCUGGUACCCUCAGUUGGACCUGGUUCUGGUUCUGCUCCCUUCUUGAGUUUAGAACCGGGUUCUCUCCGGGUGUGUUUGGUCAGUAUAAUUCGCCUUCUUCCUGGCUCGGUUCCGUCAGUAACUAUUUGGACAUGGGUCUGACUGUGGUUGUCGCGGUUCUACUGUCAGUCCUUUGUGUUGGACUGAGGGCGGGAGUAUCGGACGGACCGGACGUUCAAGUUUUCAGGUUAAUCACCGAUGACGUCACACCAGAACCACCAGUAACUACCGAACUCCACUUCAACACACCUGGAGAUUCAUUGAUUGACGUGUUGGGUCUCCAGGACUCGAAGCAGAGCGUGGCGGCAGUGGAGAAGCUGUCGGGCGGUCUGAGCACGCUUAGUGACGUCUACGUGGUGUCCACGUUUCGCCUGCCGGCCAAGUUGGGCGGCGUCCUGCUGGGCAUCUACAGCAAACAGGACAACAGGAAGUACCUGGAGCUCGCCGUCAUGGGGAAGAUCAAUAAAGUCCUGGUCCGUUAUGUCCGAGCUGACGGGAAGAUCCACACUGUGAACCUGCAGAACGCUAACCUUGCUGACGGCCGGACUCACUCCAUCAUCCUGAGACUCGGAGGUCUUCACCGCGACAACAUGCACAUGGAGCUCUACGUCAACUGCCGAUUGGCCGACUCCAGCCAGGGCCUGCCGCCAUUGGUCCCUCUGCCCAGAGAGGCAGAGAUGGUGGAGAUCCGACACGGACAGAAGGCCUACGCCCGCCUGCAGGGUGCCGUGGAGUUCCUCAGACUGGCUCUAGGGGGCAGCGUUGCUAAAGCUGGGGCGCUGACCGACUGUCCGUUUCAGGGAGACUCGUCAGCCUACAACUCAGUGAGCGGCGACUUGAACUCCAUCCUGGGUGAUCACACCAAGGCUCUGAUUGGUCAGCUCAUCAUCUUCAACCAGAUCCUGGGAGAGCUGAGACAGGACAUCAGAGAACAGGUAAAGGAGAUGGCUCUGAUCAGGAACACCAUCCUGGAAUGUCAGGUUUGUGGUUUCCAUGAGCCUCGCUCUCGCUGCUCUCCUAACCCCUGCUUUAGGGGCGUGGCCUGUAUAGAGAGUCUACAUUAUCCUGGAUACACCUGUGGGCCCUGCCCACCUGGAACCACUGGCAACGGGACGCACUGCCACGACAUUGACGAGUGUGAGCUGCAGCCUUGUUUCUCUCCUGAAGCCUGUGUGAACACUGUGGGAGGGUUCAGCUGUCAACCCUGUCCUCCGGGCCUGUGGGGGGUGCCAUUGGCUGGAACUGGACAGGACUAUGCCAAGACACACAGACAGGAGUGUGUAGAUAUUGAUGAGUGUUUGGAUCUACCGGACGCCUGUGUCUCAAACUCUGUGUGCAUCAACACUGUGGGCUCAUACAAGUGUGGAGGCUGUAAACCUGGUUUCCUCGGCAACCAGACGUCAGGUUGCUUCCCCAGAAAGUCGUGCGCGGCGUUGACCUUUAACCCCUGUGACUCCAACGCACACUGCACCAUGGAGAGGAACGGAGAGGUGGCCUGCAGGUGUAACGUGGGCUGGGCAGGUAACGGUAACACAUGUGGAGUGGACACAGACAUCGACGGGUAUCCUGACCGCUCUCUGCCCUGCAUGGACAACGACAAACACUGCAAACAGGACAACUGUGUGUUCACUCCAAACUCUGGUCAGGAGGACGCCGACAACGACGGGAUUGGAGAUCAAUGUGACGAAGAUGCAGACGGAGACGGGAUCAAAAACGUGGAGGAUAACUGCCGUCUGGUACCAAACAAAGACCAGCAGAAUUCAGACAGUGACUCGUUUGGAGACGCUUGUGAUAACUGUCCCAACGUCCCCAACAGCAACCAGAAGGACACCGACAGCAACGGACAGGGAGACGCCUGCGACCAGGACAUCGACGGGGACGGCAUUCCAAAUGUUCUGGAUAACUGUCCGAAGGUCCCAAACCCGAUGCAGACAGACAGAGACAGAGACGGAGUGGGAGACGCCUGCGACAGCUGUCCUGAACUCAGCAACCCCAUGCAGACGGACAUCGACAACGACCUGGUGGGAGACGUCUGUGACACCAACCAGGACACGGACGGAGACGGUCACCAGGACAGCAGAGACAACUGUCCAGAUGUCCCCAACAGCUCCCAGCUGGACUCUGACAACGACGGCCUCGGAGACGACUGCGACCACGACGACGACAACGACGGCAUCCUCGACGACUACGACAACUGUCGACUCAUCGUCAACCCCAACCAGAAAGACUCGGAUGUGAACGGUGUGGGAGACGUCUGUGAGAACGACUUCGAUAAUGACGCCGUGAUGGAUUUGAUCGACGUUUGUCCGGAGAGCGCCGAGGUCACUCUGACAGACUUCAGAGCCUAUCAGACGGUCAUUCUGGACCCAGAGGGUGACGCCCAGAUUGACCCCAACUGGGUGGUCCUGAACCAGGGUAUGGAGAUAGUCCAGACGAUGAACAGUGAUCCUGGUCUCGCUGUUGGCUACACUGCGUUUAACGGCGUCGACUUUGAGGGGACGUUUCACGUCAACACCGUAACCGACGACGACUACGCUGGCUUCAUCUUUGGGUACCAGGACUCAUCCAGUUUCUAUGUUGUGAUGUGGAAACAGACGGAGCAGACGUACUGGCAGUCGCUCCCCUUCAGAGCCAUGGCCCAGCCCGCCCUGCAGCUCAAGGCGGUCAAGUCUCGGACUGGACCAGGAGAGUACCUGAGGAACGCUCUGUGGCACACCGGGGACACACCUGGAGAGGUGACGCUGCUGUGGAAGGACCCACGAAACGUAGGCUGGAAGGACAAAACCUCGUACCGCUGGCACCUCAGCCACCGGCCGCAGGUGGGCUACAUCAGGGUGAAGCUGUUUGAGGGGAUGGACAUGGUGGCCGACUCCGGUGUUGUGAUCGACACCAGCAUGAGAGGAGGUCGGCUCGGUGUCUUCUGUUUCUCCCAGGAAAACAUCAUCUGGUCCAACCUGCGGUACCGGUGUAACGACACGGUGCCGGAAGACUUCCAGACCCAUCGGAAACAAGUUCUGAUGCACAUAAAGGUCUGAGAGCUGCAGAUACUGUCCACACACACGCGCGCGCACACGCACGCACACACACACACACACAAAGACACAAACACAAAGACACAAACACACAGCUGAAGCUUCUCUGAGUCCACUUUAACUGUAGCCUGUGAGUGUGUGUGUGUGUGUGUGUGUGUCUGUGUGUGUGUCUGUGUGUGUGUGUGUGUUGAGGUGUCAGUCUGGGGUAAGGCUGACCAGAAGCACCUGAGCACAUGGUUACAGAUGUGACCCUCCUGGGCCACCGUACAUCAUCAAACACUGAGUCUGUUAGAAAAACAAGAUGGAGGACGACUUGUCUCUGUCAAGUCUCUACAAAGAAUCAAACUCUCGCUCGUCUUUGAAUCAUGUCAGACUGAAAUCAGUCAGUUGUGUUGAGCUGAAGAACAGGUGGACAGCAGCUUCGCUCCUCUGACAGCAGCUUCACUCUUCUGACAGCUGAUGAGCGAAACGUUACUGAUGACUUCACAAAAUAUUCUUUAACUUGUUUCUGUGUAUUUUCAAAUGUACAUAUCUCUAUGAAAUAAACUCAGCCAUGACUUUUCCUAAUGAG